AUGCAGCACGCACAACAGCAGCCGACUAUGCCCGUACUCGGCAACUACCUCCUCUCGGACAAGGUCCUCGGCCGGGGCUCGAACGCCUCGGUCUACCUGGGCUUCUCGCGCCACUCGCCCAGCAAGAAGGUGGCGGUGAAGAUCGUCGAGAAGAAGGCCCUCUCCGAGGAAAAGCGGAAGGAGCUCAACCAGGAGAUCGACAUCCUGCAGAGCCUCCAGGCCCACCCCAGCAUUAUCCAGCUCCUCGACGUCUACGAGGACGAGGCUCGCGUCUUCCUCAACCGCCCGCUCUCGGCGGAGACCAUCCGCGUCAUCUUCAAGCAAAUCGUCGACGCCGUCGAGUUCUGCCACAACAACAAGGUCGCCCACCGCGAUCUCAAGAUCGAAAACGUGCUCGUCGAUGAGCACAGCCUCGAGGUCUCGCUCUGCGACUUUGGCUUCGCUACGCGCUUCGAGACCGACAAGCCCCUCACCAAGUGGUGCGGUUCGCCGCACACCGUCGCGCCCGAGAUCAUCUUGCGUCAGCCCUACAACCCGGUCGCCGUCGACACCUGGGCGCUCGGCAGCAUCCUCUACGCGCUCCUCUGCGGUUCGUUCCCCUUCCAGGCCAAGAGCUUCAAGGAGAUCUUCCAGCGCACCACGGUCGGCAUGGUCCACCCCUUCCCCAACUUCGUCUCCCAGAGCGCGCGCGACCUCGUCACCCGCAUCCUCAAGACCCGACCCGACAAGAGGCCCACCACCGCGGAGGUCCAGUCGCACCCCUUCCUCCUCGCCGUCGACAGCGAGUGA